ACACGUAGUAAGGGGAGUGUUGUUUGAUGAAAAUAAAUAGAGCGUGCCUCUUGGCUUUAUCCAUCUAUCUUCUGUAUUGAGUAAAAGCUCUCAACUCAAUCUCUCCCAUAUAAAGAAACCAUGUCAUCUGUAGUACAAAACUUUGGUUCAGCCCCAAUUAAUAAUAAUAAUAAAGAAGAAGAAGAAAUGAUCCCAGGGUCAGAUUUGGUGGAGAAUACUAAUCUCUCACUCCCAGCCGACAUGAUUUUACAAGCUGCCAUGGCGCUCAAGAACCAGGUGGUGAAGAAGACGUGGGAAGAAGGGAGCGGCAUAAGUGACCCCACAGUAUAUUCGGGUGUUUUGGGGACAGCUUUCACCUGCUUGCGCUCGUAUGAAGCUACCGGUGAUGAACAGGAUUUGUUAUUGUGUGCUCAAAUUGUUGAUGCCUGUGCUAUGCUCCCACCUCUUCCCUCUAGGCAUGUCACUUUUUUAUAUGGACAGGGAGGAAUAUUCUCAUUGGGUGCUGUGGUCUCAUAUUACAAAGGUGACAAUCAAAGGCGUGACAUGUAUCUGAAACUCUUCCUUCAGUUAGCAGAAGACGGUGCACUUCCUGUUGGUCCCCAAGAAGGCGGUCUUGGAAUGUCAUAUGAUCUUCUUUAUGGACGUACUGGGUUCUUAUGGGCAGCUCUUUUUAUAAACAAGUACUUGGGGGAGACGGCAGUGCCUUUUGAUCUUCUUAUGCCAAUUGUGAAAGCUGUGUUAGCAGGGGGCAGAGCAGGGGCGUCUGACAAAACUGCCUGUCCGCUGAUGUAUAGAUGGCAUGGGACUAGGUACUGGGGAGCGGCUAAUGGUCUUGCAGGUAUUCUGCAUGUGUUGCUUCAUUUCCCACUGUCAGAAGAGGAUGCUGAAGAUGUUAAAGGCACUUUAAGGUACAUGAUACGCAAGAGAUUCCCACAUAGCGGCAAUUAUCCUUCAUGUGAAGGGAACCCAAGGGAUAAGCUGGUGCAAUGGUCUCAUGGUGCAGGUGGCAUGGCCAUCACACUGUCCAAGGCAGCCGAGGUAUUUGCAUGUGAUAGAGAAUUCCAGAAUGCAGCUAUUGAAGCUGGAGAGGUGGUCUGGAAGAGAGGUUUGGUUGAGAAGCCAGGGCUUUCAGAUGGAGCCUCUGGGAAUGCUUAUGCAUUCUUGUCUCUCUAUCGUUUGACAGGAGAGAGCAUAUACAAAGAGAGAGCAAAGGCGUUUGCAAGCUUUUUAUACCAUAAAUCCAAAGAACUUCAGAUGGUCGGACGGCCUGAGGAACCCAACCACAAACAUUCUCUUUUCCUCGGGUUUGCUGGUACAGUAUGCCUAUGGUUUGAUUUGCAGAGGCCAGAAAACUCCAGGUUUCCUGGGUAUGAAAUAUGACUUGGCAUUGGGUUUGUGUGGGUAUGUGGGUUUCUAAUUGAGCACUUGGUCUUAAUGUAGAAUCGUGUUCUCUCUCAUGUUGUAUAAUAUGACUGACGAGGAUAGGAAUGUACAACGGUUAUUGCUUUAUGAGUUGUUCACCUAAUGACUAAUACUGCACUUAUUGUC